CAGGCUGAUGAAUCGAGCGACGAGUAAUCGCUCAUCAGUUAUUCUUCGGCCCAGCUGAGUGUAGCAACUUCGUCAUGUUUGCACGCGUGGGACGUUUAAAUGAGAGGCGGUUGUGUUUUUGCACCCUAGUCCGAAUUUGGGACUAAUUUUUGUGUUGUUUUUUGAAGUGAACGUAAGAAAACAGGCGGCGAGUUUUAAGUAGUAUGCUAGCAAGACGCGGCUAAUGUGAAGCUAACGGCUAACCAUUUGGGUUCGUACUGUUUUGAUAUCGCAGUUCGUAUUGACAAUACUGACGCAUUUGUCCAGGAUAUACGAUCAUCUAUAGCAGCCCGUUUUCCCGUAAUGUUAACUCUGUUAAAUAAGCAUUAACGUAGGGAUGAUUGUCAUCACUCCACAGCGUGCCUUGCCACCUGACAGCUAACUGUUUGCUACCUGUAUACAUUACGCUGCUAGCCACGUAAACUGCUUGGUGUUGACGUUGCAGGAGCAGCUAGAAAGCCUGUCCUCCCCAGGAGCUAUUUACAUUUUAAGUGACACCCAGCAUUUAUAUUGACCCAGAAAUCAUCAGACGAAAACAACAUCGACCCAAAAUGCACUAGCUGGACUUGAAAGGGUGGCCAACUGGUUUCCUGGAUCUGUUGCUUGGAUCGGAUGAUGAAGCGGGUCUUCUGGCUGCUUUCAGGCUUAAACAGAAGAAUGAUGAAGCUACUUUUUGCUCUCGCUUUGAUCGCGUACAUUGCCUCUGUUUGGGGAACGUAUACAAACAUGAGGUCAAUACAAGAAAAUGGAGAUGUGAAGAUUGAGCAGAAAAUUGAUGAAGCUGUGGCUCCUUUGAGAGAGAAGAUUCGUGACCUGGAACAGAGCUUUUCACAGAAAUAUCCACCGGUGAAAUUUCUCUCAGAAAAAGAUCGAAAAAGAAUUUUGAUCACAGGAGGGGCUGGGUUCGUGGGUUCCCAUCUGACUGACAAACUGAUGAUGGAUGGCCACGAGGUGACCGUGGUCGACAACUUCUUCACAGGGAGAAAACGAAACGUGGAGCACUGGAUCGGUCACGAGAAUUUCGAACUCAUCAAUCAUGAUGUGGUGGAGCCGCUUUAUAUAGAGGUGGACCAGAUCUACCACCUAGCAUCUCCGGCCUCCCCUCCUAACUACAUGUACAAUCCCAUCAAAACACUCAAGACAAACACAAUUGGUACUCUGAACAUGCUCGGGUUGGCAAAACGAGUGGGUGCAAGACUUCUGCUGGCCUCUACAUCUGAAGUUUAUGGAGAUCCAGAGGUGCAUCCCCAAAACGAGGACUACUGGGGCCACGUGAACCCAAUCGGUCCUAGAGCUUGCUACGACGAGGGGAAGCGUGUAGCAGAGACGAUGUGCUACGCCUACAUGAAGCAGGAAGGUGUGGAGGUGAGAGUGGCAAGAAUCUUCAACACGUUUGGUUCCCGGAUGCACAUGAAUGACGGACGGGUCGUCAGUAAUUUCAUCCUUCAGGCGCUACAAGGAGAACCUCUCACUGUGUACGGUACCGGAUCCCAAACUAGAGCCUUCCAAUAUGUAAGGUAGGAGAUUAAGCUUUUCUUUUGCAUUUUAAUCCCAAAUAUUGAACCAUUUAGUAUCAUAGUGUAAAGAUUUUUACCAUCCAUAGUUGGUGUUUUUUUUUUUUUUCUAACAUUGUAUUUGGUAGUUUUGUUCCCUAAAGAUUCACUGGUGUAAAACAGUUUUUGUUGCCCCCCCUUUUUGAUGUAUAGAUUAAAUGGGACAUACUGUUAUGUUGUUCAGUGAAUUCCUUGAAGGAAUUUAUAAUCGGUGUUGAGUCAGACUGAAACAGCUUCAGGUCUGAGUCAGAAAUAUCAAUAUUUUCCAGGUUCAGACAGUAGCUAUCGGUUUGCUUGUGGAGGACGAGGAGAUUAAUUUCAACAAUUUGACAGAGAGAGAUCAGAGACACAGAGCAUUUGAAGUCUUCCUAUCUCAUCAAACCAUGUACCUGCAGCCCUGUGUGACAUUUGUGUCAACAGCGUUUGGUGAACUUUUAUAUUAAUGCAUUUUAUUAAAAACAAUAUUUUAAAAAAUGAGGCCUUUUGGUUCCCCUGACCUCAGAUUAAAAAAAAAAAAUAGAUUAACGCCCAGUUAAACUUGUCAAGAGUGACAUGGUGACAUUUCUGGAGUUUUGUUUUAUUUGUUCAAUAUAAAAAGAUUUCUACACUGUAAAACUGUAAUUAUACUUUGGACAUCUAAAUCAGAAUGGCUUAGAAAAUGCAUUCAUGUGAUAAGUUUGAUGCAUGGAGCAAAAAGAUCAUCUGCUCUCAGUUGUUUGUUAGCUGUGUUUGUAUUAAAUAUUUUCAUGUUUAUUUUGCUCUGUUGGCUCGGAAAAAAACAGUUGAUGUUUCAUUUGUACCUCAAGGGAAGGAGUGCUGCUUAUGAAAAAGGUCAUUUUGAAAGGCCCAAUUUCUUUGUGUGUGUUUUUGUUUGGAUUCCAGCCUUUAGUUUGCCAGUUCUCAUGGCAUUUCCAAAACAGAAUUGGGGUCUUGAGUGUGUGAAUUUGUCUCCAAGUAAAGCUGCAAAAACAAAUACUUAAAACUUACUUAGACGAGUGCUCUAAAAACCUGAGACUUGACUUUGACCUGAGGUUUUCAACAAGAUAAGAGUAGCUCAACCAGUCAACCUUUCACUGUCAGUAAGCCGACGGAAAUGUGCAAGGUUUGGUGUUCAUGGGUGCGCUUGACUUAACAACAGGUCCUACUCAUAAAUCAUUGAUUAAAAAGUUCAUGCUUGGCUGUAGCUUUAUGAUAAGAACCACACAUAACUCACUACCAGAAUCCAUUUCCUGACUCAUGGACUGACCUUAUUGUUACAAAGUUUCCAGUUCUUCAAAAUAAAAGCAUUGUUGGUUCAGAAAACUGAUAACUUGUUUCACGUUUUACAAGUUUUAUCUCAUUGUGAGUGCACUUAUAUAUCUUAAUGGGAUAAAUAUUGUAUCUUAGUUGAUUUCCAAAACCGGUUCAAAUGUUCUGUAGGGCUGCAUUCUGGACCAAAUAUCAAUGUGUCCAAGAUUAUAGUAAUACGACUGCUUCAACACAAUACUUGGUAGGUUAUUAUCCUUUAUAUACCAUACCUGCGCACUCUGUACGUUGCACAAUUGGGCUGUUUGAAUGGACACAAGCUGCAGCUCUGAUGUCAAACAAAAGAUCACAACAUGUUUAAUCAAUAAGUCCCAGCUAAUGAUUUUUGGCCCAGUAAUCAUGUUCUAUCAAGGACAAACAUGUCUUUUCAAUAAAGUAAUGACUGAAGCACCUUAAAAGCUAAUUGGGGACAUAUUAUUGUAAAUUACAGCUUUUCUUUGGACAACAAACAAUUAUGCUCAGAAAUACCACAAACUAACUUGAGCCACUUUUCGAUGGAGGGCGAGGGAUGGGGGGGGGGCGGGUUUCUGCGUUUAAGUUCCGAAAAUUGUUUUGAUUUACAAGUCGGCCGCAACCGUCUUAUUGGAUUAGGGAACAAAGCAGUUUUCCUGGAACAGUACGAAAUAAAAUGGCCACAAUCGAUUCAGUCUGUUAAUAACCAGGAGCCUCUAAAUUACUGCAGGCACAAUGUGUUUCUUGUUGCACCUCAUCCAUCUACGCAUUUAUUUCAGAUAUAAUUACCAAGAACUACAGCAUAGCAUUCGGUAGCCUAAUAUUCAGCGUCGGUUCAGUGACAAAGAGCUCCUAAAGGUUUUAGUAAUGAGCGUGUUGCAUAAGGCCAUCUGCUCAGAGCUUGAGUAUCAUCUCAGAUUUCGUCCAUUAAAUUAAAUGUGUAGCUUGGCAGUCAAUACAGCGAUGUUAUCUUCCUCUGGUAUUCCAAGUGAACUUUCAUAAGCAGAGACUCUUCUUUCACUCAACCAUCAUAUCUGUGUCAAUUAACCACUCUGCUCCCUUUUAAGCCUUUUCAGAUGCAGUUUAAAGCAAAAAUAUGUUCUAUUUUUAAAGCAGUAAAACAACAAAUACCAGUGAAUAGAAUUUGAAAAGCCUUAGAGAGAUCUGUUUGAAUACUUGGCUCAGAGAUCAAAACGAUUCAACAUUUUAGAUGCUAGAUGACAACAGAUCUCGGUAGGAAAAACUGCUUAAAUGUUGCACCAGAAUAAGAUUGUGCAACAGGCACUAAGUGGUGCUAAGUUCAAUUUUUAUGAUAGCUAUACUUUCAUUUGUUGACUACUUUUAGUACUUUUCUUUUGUUCUCCAUUUUUUUAUGAGAUGCUUCACUGCCCCCUCUGGAAACUUAGAGUAUUAUGGAAGUGUAACUUUUCAAGUUAUCUCUUAUUUUGCUUAAAUAGGAGAUAAUUUGAGAAUUUUCCCAAAUAGCUAUUAUUCCUAUUAGUAGCUUUUGCGUUGAUUUAUAUUCAGAUAAUCUUCAUCUUUGCCAAAUCACAAUCAGAUUUUUUUUAUACCUAUUUAAAUAAUCAUUUUGACUUUUAUGUUGCUGACAGAAGAAUUCGCACACCGAUUCUUUUCAACUCUUUAGAUCCCUUUACUGCUGGGUUUUUAAGUUCUUGAACUGGGUCUAACUGCGAUUAGAAAUAAAAACACAAGGCGCUGUCAUUCCUACUUUCUGGUAUUUUGUGAAAUUAGGGUAGAGUAGUUCGUAAAACUGAUGUUUCUCCAGAUGCUUCCGAUUUUAACUGAUCCAAUGUCGUCAGGAUGCCAGAAAAACAGUGAAAAUAUCCCUUUUGCGUCAAAGACACUUUCAUUGUUGUCAUAAAUUCUAGAGGAAAAACAUCUAAUAGUUCAUCUCUUUACUACACGUCUGUGGUUCUGCUAUUCAGGUUUGUUGUUUAUGAAAUCUGAUUAUGAUUGUUUAUGAUUUAGUUUCUUUGAGUCAGUUUUCCCGUGAUUUGUGAAAGUAGCCUUCAGAAAUCAGUUAUCAGUGAA